AUGGCUCAUGUAAGUAAAUACAGUUACUUAGUUUCUGCGAGGGUUUUGGUUUUCCUGUCUCUGUUUUGCCUGGGCAAUAGUGGAAAGCUGUUGGUGGUGCCAAUGGAUGGGAGUCACUGGCUCAGCAUGCGCUCAGUGCUGGCGGCCCUCAGCCAGAAAGAGCACGAAAUUGUCGUUGUCGCACCAGAAGUAAACUUGAACGUGAAGGCAUCUGAAUAUUACACUCUCAAAACGUAUCCAGUGCCUUUAACUAGGGAAGAACUGGGAGCAAGUAUGCAUUCAUUUGCUAACGAUCUUUUUGAGAGAAGACCUUUUCUUCAAAGAAUUGCUGCGCUUUAUGAAAAAGUUCAAGUCAUCUCCGGUCUCUACGUCUCCUCCUGUACCAGUUUACUGCACAAUAAGAAUCUGAUGCAAUAUCUCGAAGGGAGUAAAUUUGAUGCUGUUCUCACGGAUCCUGUUGUACCAUGUGGACAAAUACUGGCUCUGCAUCUCUCUAUCCCAUCUGUUUUCUUUUUACGGGGACUCCCCUGCAGUUUUGAUUUGCAGGCUACCCAGUGUCCAGAUCCCCCUUCCUACGUCCCAAGAACAUUUUCAGACAACUCAGACCACAUGACGUUUAUCCAGCGCGUGGAAAACUUAUUUCUCAAAUCAUCAGAAUCCUUUCUUUGCAAUUUUGCCUAUUUGCCAUUUGAACUUCUGGCCUCAGAUGUUCUCCACAGACCAGUAACAAUGAAGGAGCUCUUAAGCCAUGGAUCCAUUUGGCUUAAAAGAAUGGAUUUUGUUUUUGAGUAUCCCAUGCCAGUGAUGCCCAACAUAGUUUUCAUUGGAGGUAUAAACUGCGGAAAGGAAAAGCCAUUAUCUCAGGUGGAAGUAGUUUAUCACUGCACUCUUGCUAACGAGGCAUAUACCCACCAGUGA